ACCUUUUACAAAAGAAGACCAUUUGUCCCUCUGUCCAAACUUAAACCACUUCCUACCAACCAACAAACAACAAGCAAACAUGGGUCUUCUGUGGACUAAACAAUGGGGAGGCCGCCAUGCCGGUAAGUAGCCUGCCUAAGAGCCGUCUGUUCCGGAGACUGUGCAGGCAAGUUGCUGACAGGAUGUUAGGUGGUGGUGUUGUCGCUGACCGUCACGGCGUACGUCGCGCGCCCUUCCGCAUCUCCUGCGGACGCUUCAGCUGCUUCCGCUAAACAUCGACGACGAUUCACGAUU